AUGGCGCUCCUCAGUCUUGGGAGCCUCCAAGUGGAGGUUCGAGAGUGGUUUGCAUCCCUCAUCCCUCGACGCUUCGCACACCGACACAUAGCACUUGGCGCAGCUGGGAAAGUCGUCGAGCUGCUUGAAGAAAUUCUGUCCACUGCGAGGAAGGUUACUCCGACGUGCCCCGACCGCCGCACGUCCACAAGGAAGAUCAUGACGGCCUUCAACGCCUUCGUGGUCUGGGCGACUGCACAGAAGCAGAGGAACGGCACCGUGGAGUUCGGUGGCUACCACAACACUGGCCCCGGCGGCGUGGCCUUCCUGUGGGCACACCAGGUGGGUGAGGAGCUGAUCUAUGCCCUGGACUGGGAGGCAGAGCUUCACUGCAAGGGCAGAUCGCAGCUGGACAUGAUCGGAGGUGCUUUCGUCGGCAUUGCGCGUUUGCAGUCGAUAUGGCCCUGGCUCGUGGACUGCUGCGCAACGGCCACGUAUGCGAAGGUGCCGGCCGUGAUCCCACGCGCCGUGCUGUUCAAGCCAAACCCACCGGAGGUCCUGCUCCACCUCCUACGGGGCUUACCGGUGAAUGCUCCGCUUAUGGUUGAGGUGGGCGUGGACGUAGGUCAAACAUCGGAAUUCUUGCUGGAAGCAAUGCCAAACCUGACACUGUUUGGCGUGGACCCUUACCCGGGCUUCUACGACAAUCAGAGGAGUAGCGAGCGCAGGGACCAGAUGGGUGGCGAGGAAGCCUUCAGCGAAGCCCUCGCCCGUUACGAGCGAUUUCCAUCGCGAGCCCACCUCCGGCGAGAGGCAUCGGCAUCCGCGGCUGCUAGCUGGAACGAGGAGAAGUUGCCUGACCUUGUGUUCGUGGAUGGCGAGCAUGAUUUUGAGUCAUGCGCCAGGGACAUUCGCAGCUGGUCCCAACUUGUGCCACCUGGUGGGGUGGUUGCCGGCCACGACUAUCGCGCUGGCGUGGAGGGCGUCCCCAGAGCUGUGCAUGCGCUGAUACCGGAGUCGGCCACGCUGCACCUGGGACCCCACGGUGUGUGGUGGUGGCGCGUGCCGCCACCCUGA